AUGGCUGUCUGGGGAGAGGUUAUUCCGAUCAAUGCGGAGACCCCAACAUUCGUCAAGGCGAAUACCCCAACAAUUGUCAAGGCGGAUACCCCAAAAUUCGUCAAGGCGAAUACCCCAACAUUCGUCAAGGCGGAUACCCCAACAUUCGUCAAGGCAAAUACCCUAACAUUUAUCAAUGCGGAUACCCCAACAUUCGUCAAGGUGGAUACCCCAACAUUCGUCAAGGCGAAUACCCCAACAUUCGUCAAGGCGGAUACCCCAACAUUCGUCAAGGCGGAUACCCCAACAAUGGUCAAGGCGGAUACCACAACAUUCGUCAAGGCGGAUAUCCCAACAUUCGUCAAGGUGGAAACCCCUACAUUCGUCAAGGCGGAAAUCCCAACAUUCGACAAGGCGGAUACCCCAACAUUCGUCAAGGCGGAUACCCCAACAUUCGUCAAGGCGGAUAUCCCAACAUUCGUCAAGGCGGAUACCCCAACAAUUGUCAAGGCGGAUUACCCAACAUUUGUCAAGGCGGAUACCCCAACAUUCGUCAAGGCGGAUAUCCCAACAUUCGUCAAGGCGGAUACCCCAAUAUUUGUCAAGGCGGAUACCCCAACAUUCGUCAAGGCGGAUAUCCCAACAUUCGUCAAGGCGGAUACCCCAACAAUUGUCAAGGCGGAUACCCCAACAUUCAUCAAGGCGAAUACCACAACAUUCAUCAAGGCGGAUACCCCAACAUUCGUCAAGGCAAAUACCCCAACAUUCAUCAAGGCGGAUACCUCAACAUACGUCAUGGCGGAUACCCCAACAAUUGUCAAUGCGGAUACCCCAACAUUCGUCAAGGCGGAUAUCCCAACAUUCGUUAAGGCGGAUAUCCCAACAUUUGUCAAGGCGGAUACCCCAACAUUCGUCAAGGCGCAUCUUCCAACAUUUGUCAAGACGGAUACCCCAACAUUCGUCAAGGCGGAUACCCCAACAUUCGUCAAGGCGGAUACCCCAACAUUCGUCAAGGCGGAUCUUCCAACAUUUGUUAAGGCGGAUACCCAAACAUUUGUCAAGGCGAAUUGUGAGAUAAGUUCAUGCAAAUUAUCGACGUGUCAAUUCAAAGUUUUGAAAUAUAAUAGUGUUCCUAUAUCGCCAAUCAUUUAA